CGGAAACAUAAGCAUUAGUUGGCUUUUUUGAACGAUUCAUUAAACAAUGGAUCAAAACAAGACAUGACUUAUUGAUGUAAUGUUGCAGCAGGUUUGCAUAAAUAUGUUUUAGAAUUUAGCUGUUAAAGAAACAUUAGCUGAACGUUGUUAUAAUAAUGCAAAACUUGUUAGGCUUGUUGGCUUUUCUAAAUUGUCUUGUCUAAGUGAAAAGAUUCUCUACAAUUUGCUGUGUAGAACUCAUGUCUAUAUGUAAUUUUAAUUUUUUUUUUUUUUUUUUUUUUCCUUCACAGCCCUCCCCUUUGACCCCUGCAAUAACUACACUGUACUGGACAAUCCUUGGAGAGCAACAGACAAUCGAUAUACCUUCAGUUUGAUGUGUGACACUUCUGUCAACUGGGUCGGAUGGUAUCGUCUCUUCAUUCACGGCCAGAGUGUUCAUAUGCCAGACACAUGUGUUGAUCAGCUAAGCUGUGGCACUCAUGCCCCACUGUGGCUAAAUGGUUCACAUCCACAAGUCGAGGAUGGAGUGGUCACCCGAGGUGUCUGCGGUCACUGGAUGAAUGACUGCUGCUAUUUCCAAUCCAGUCCUAUUCAAGUUAAAGCCUGCCCAGGCAAUUACUAUGUCUAUGAGUUUGUUAGCCCAGAUCUCUGCUUUAAGGCCUACUGUGCAGAUGUUAGGAACAUAAGCAUCAACAAUCCUACUGUCACUCCAGAGACAACCAUGGCUGAGGCUGUCCGCAUUGACCCCUGCUACAACUACACAGCCCUGGAUGAGCCUUGGAGAGCAACCAACAAUAGCUAUUCAUUCAACUGUGAUGCUAAUGUCAAUUGGGUCGGCUGGUAUCGUCUUUUUAUUCAGGGUCAAAAUGCUCAGAUGACAGAAACAUGUGUUGAAGAGUUGAGCUGUGGCACUCUUGCUCCACUGUGGCUAAAUGGUCAACACCCAAGAGUCGAGGACGGGGUGGUCACCCGACAUGUCUGCGGCCACUGGAACAAUGACUGCUGCAAUUAUGAAUUUAGGUCAAUGAAAGUGAAAGCCUGUCCUGGCGAUUAUUAUGUAUAUGAGUUCAUCAACCCAGUGUUCUGCUAUACGGCAUACUGCGCAGAAGAGAGCACCACACACAUGACCACUACCAUCGCAUCAAGCCUUCCCUCAGAAGAGAGCACCACACACAUGACCACCACCAUCGCAUCAAGCCUUCCCUCAGAAGAGAGCACCACCCACAUGACCACCAUUGCAUCAAGCCUUCCCUCAGAAGAGAGCACCACACACAUGACCACCACCACCAUUGCAUCAAGCCUUCCCUCAGAAGAGAGCACCACACACAUGACCACAACCAUUGCAUCAAGCCUUCCCUCAGAGAGCACCACACAGAUGACCACCACCAGAUCAAACCGUUCCUCAGAAGAUAACACCACACAUAUGACCACCUCCAGUUCAAGUCGUCCCUCAGAAGAGAGCACCACACACAUGACCACCACCAGAUCAAGCCUUCCUUCAGGAGACCGCUGUUCUCAGCUCAACUGCACUGAGGAUGAACGCUGUGAAGAGAAACAUGGUGUUUACGGCUGUUUCUGCAAGGACAACCAUCACAGAUCUCAGCGUGACUCCUUUGAUUUCAUUGAAACCUGUGAAAGCAGCUCUGGCUCCAUGUCCCUGUCUCGCUGUCUGCUCUUUGAGGCUGGUUUUCCUUCUGACAUCUUACACCUCAAUGAUCCCAACUGCAGAGGAACAGUCCGGAAUGGCAGAGUGGAGUUCUAUUUUGACAACAAUGACCACAUCUGUGGUACAAGUCUUGUGGCCAACGGCACCCACUUCAUCUAUGAGAACGUAAUUGUGGGAGAGCCAAACACAGUUGGGCAUCUCAUCAGCAGGAAGAAAAUUCUGAAGCUUCCUUUCAGCUGUGUGUAUUCACAAACCCAAACACUCUCCAUGGACAUCAACCCUCUGGAGAGCAUUGUGCACAGGAACCUUCCUGCUGGUCAAGGGACCUAUCGGGUCAGGAUGAUUCCCUAUCUGGAUGCUGAAUUCUCUCACCCCUUCACUGGUAGUGUGAACGUAGAGCUGAACAAGAGUAUUUUUGUGGAAGUUCGUGUUGAUGGAGUCGACAGCCGUCAGUUUGCCUCAGUGAUUGACACAUGUUGGGCUACACCUGUGAAUGAUCCCCAUUACUCUCUCCGCUGGGACCUCAUCGUUGACAGGUGUCCCAAUCCAGAUGACAAUACAGUGGACUUGCUGCAGAAUGGUGUUUCCACAUCCAGCCGUUUCUCCUUUGGCAUGUUUAUCUUCACUGCAAACUCCACGAAGGUUUACCUGCACUGCGCUAUUCACCUUUGUCUUCAGACAGACAAUCACUGCUCAGUGAACUGUGACUCUGAACACCACGGGAGAGAGGGCAGAUCUGUGAAAUACCAUGACAGUGGUUCCAUAUCCAUGGGUCCAUUGGUGUGGUCUGACAGUAACAAAGAUACGCGUGUGCCACGUCAAGUGCAAGUAUCCAGGGCUCCAUGGCUGUGUGGUUCUCUGACUAUAUCGCUUAUAUCUAUGAUGAGUGUCCUGAUAUUCUCCUAGAAUAUUUCCGCUAAGAAUCACCAUCUUUUACACAUCUAGUCUAAUCUCUUUCUUAAUUAUUGUGGCACUGAUGCCAUGCUGUUACAAGCUUUUUUUCUAUAUACAGUAUGUGACCUUAAAAUAGUUUAUAGUAAUAUAGUACACUGAUAGAAUGGUAAUUUUAUAAAUCGAAUUACUAUUGUGAAGAUAAAGCAUAUAAUAAUGAGAUAAU